AGCAAAUUGUGUCAAAUCAAUAAGAGAGCUCUAUUUUUUAAUGCAUCAUGAUUAGCUGGAGUGUGCUGUGGUUACUUCUGGCGCUGAGCAUAGACGUCAGCUUAGGGCUACGUCUCGAAAAUCUAACACAGCAGCAGGUUGCUUGCAAACAGCCAAAGGCGCCGGGCUUGUGCCGGGGUCGACAGCUGCGCUACGCUUAUAACAAGGAGACGGAUAACUGCGAGAGCUUCUACUACACGGGUUGCGCAUCCACGGACAACAAUUUCCUGACCUACGAAGAGUGUCGACGGGACUGCAUGCAGCGUGGACGCUACUAGACUAAACUUAAUAAAUGCUAACUCUAUAUUUUCUUGACCAACUAAC